AGGUGCACGCGGGCUGCUGCAGGUGGCGGCGGAGGCGGCGGCGCUAUGAGCGGGGCCGGGGCGGCGGGCGCCGCUGUUCUGGGGGGCCCGGCCGGGAAGAGCGAGAAGCUGGACGAGGCUCAGGCGCUGGCCCGCAGCUGCGCCGGCAGACCCGACUUCCAGCCUUGCGACGGGCUGUCGCUGUGCACCACGCACAGCCACGGCCGCUGCUUCCGCCUGCACUGGUGCUGCCACCUGGGCUGGUGCCACUGUAAAUAUGUUUAUCAGCCUAUGACUCCAGUAGAACUGCUUCCAAGCACCGAAAUACCUGUUCAGCCUCGGGGAACCACAAACACCAUUCAGAUCUCUGUUUCACUCACGGAACACUUUUUGAAGUUUGCACCAGUCUUCCAGCCACCAUUGCCCCCCGAUUCCCCACGGUUCUGCACAAUCUCAGACCUCUUUAUUGACAAUUACCGUGUGAAAUGCAUCAACGGGAAGAUGUGUUAUGUGCAGAGGCAGCCUCCUGCUCUCACCCAUAAAAUGAAGCCUCCGGAGGCCCCCACGCGCAAUGCCUUAAUUUUGAGAGAGAAUAACACACCAAAAAUAGAUCACUGCUCUUCUCCAUCCAGUUCUGAGGAUUCUGGGAUCAAUGCAGUUGGGGCUCACUAUAUGGAGUCAUGUGAUGAGGACACAGAGGAAGGGGCAGAGCUAAGUUCAGAAGAAGAUUAUAGUCCAGACAGUAGCUGGGAACCGGAUGAGUGUCCCCUCCUGUCACCCUCACAGUGCGAACUAGAAGUGAUUGAAACCAUAGAAACCACAGUGUGAAAUGCUGAGGUGGCGACUAGCUAGGUAUACUUUAAAAUAAUACUGGUUUUCUAGCAUUUAUACUGGCUUUUUCCCUCCUCACAGGUCUUUUUUUUCCUGUCCCACUCCAAAUGACAGUAUUAGGCACUUCUGCAUCAGUUGCUUGAUCCUAAUUCUACUAAUUAAUUUCCAAGAAUCUUUUUUGUAUAUUCAAAAAAUUGUCAGGUACUACAGAUUCCUUAAUAACAUAAUGUGCUUGAUCUCAGUAAGGGGCACGUAAUUUGCAGAGAUUGGACCCAGUUGUGAAAUAACAAAUUGGUUUCAGAUAUUUUUUUCUUUUGGAACAGGGAUUCAGCCUUCAAUGCUUUUUGUGCAAAACAACAUCAGUAGGUUAAGCCAUAUAUCUGGGAAGUGGAGCUGAAUUUUAAAAAGGUCAUUAUUCACUUUGGUUUGUCAUGGAGGAGACCCAAAUCCAUGCUGCUCUUGUCUCAGGCUCUGCCUUUGGUGUAUCCCUUUCUAAAUUGCCUAUGUACACCACCAUUGCGUUGGCAGCUGUAGAGUAAAGCAUGGUGUUUUCCUUUAUAAGCACAAUGCACCUUGCAUACUCAGAACACUGUUUUUAAUGCAAGAAAAUGGCAGAUAUGCUUGAGCUGAAAUCUGUGCAGGGAGGGCUGUUAUCACUGCCAGUGGACCAGGUUAUGUUGAGCAAUAUUCAGAAAAGGUUAAGUCAUUACAAGAACAAACCUUGGAAAUUGUAGGGUUCUGUACACAGCUUAGAAAUUUCUGGAUUUGCAGCAAACCAUAGUUUGUCACUGCAUCCUAAACAUCUUAGCCCUGUUCAUGUUACUGCAUACAUGUACAGGUGUACAUCUGUUUGUAAGAAAGAGCCAAUGCAUGUACACGGAAAAUAAAAUUAGGGACCAAAACCUGAAUAAACGUGGGGUUUCAAUCACAUAUUUAGGUUUGUAGGUGUUGGCUAUAAUGUGAGAAUUAAUGCAUGCACAAAGUAGUCAAGCACAUGCUGUGCUCUGAUUGUAAUGCAUUCAUGUAAUGUAUGAACAGGGCUAGAGUAAUCCUAGUGUGCAGGCAAGAAACAAGUGUCAGCUUGUUGUUAUGACAUAAAGACAAGGUGGUGUUUGUUGCAUACCUGGAAACUUCUAAGCUGUGUCAGAGAUGGGUGUGGGGGGAGACAGACCAUGUGAACCCGAAGAUUUCUAAGGGUCAUUGUCGUUAAUGUGGCCAGCUAAAAGAAAAGUUGGCACUGUCAUUCUCAAUAUGGAAGCAUUUAAUGAAAGCACUUGAAAAGGAAGUGGCUAAUUGGUCUAAUCUUUUCCUUCUUGCACUGGGUCCCUCCAACUGUUGAUCAAUUUCAUCUAAUUAAUAGAUAUGGAACAGAUGAAAAAUAUACUGUGGUCAGACAAAUCUGUUAAACCCCUGGUGUAUUUGUGCCUCAAACUUAGACUUACACAGACAAGUUCACCCCUUGGGGAGUAAUUUCCUGCUAAUAAUUGCACGCUUGGUACCCUUUGAACAGUAUGUUGUGUCUUAGAAAAUUCAAGUAUAGUUUGGCAGUCAGGUUCCAAUGAUUGACACAAGUCCUUCCCCCAAUAGUUUGCCAUGACAAGUUCAUUGCAUCUUUUAUGAUUAAGCUUUGUAUGAGAUGUUCUUUUUAACUGGGAAGAUUUGCUAUGAUAUUAGGGCUUCUACUAGUAAAUACAGCCCUUUUAAAAUACUUUUGGUUAGUUCAUUUUCCAUAAGACUUGAGAAUGGGGACGUAUAAAUAUGUAUAGUUGUAGCUCUCAGUACUAACUUAUCUUAUGCUGUGAUGUAGAAUGCUGCUCUUCAGCACUGUCCUAACACAUUACUAAUUUUUCAUACGCUCUGACAUAGGCACCUUUUAGAAAGUAUUUAGAUUACAAUGUGUUAUGAAUUAUUAUAUAAACUAAUACUGUACUUUAAAAUAUUUUUAAAAUGCCCUGAGAAGAAAAAAAAGGAGAUAUUUAUCAGUCUGAGAAAUUAUAUUAAAAUUCAUACCUUAGCAAAGAGCUAAGAAAUUUGCUUCUGGCCCAACAACAGGUAUAACUGAUUCUCAGCACUUCUGGAUAUGGAGGCCAGUCCACUGAUGUUUCAAGAAAAACACUGGUUCAUGACAAUUUCUUUAAAAUUGGUACUGUUUUUCACAUUAAAGUUCUUUCUCAGAUGUUGUACUGUUAAGCAUUCUUGGAGUUUUGACAAGAGAAGGCAAUGCAUAAAAUAAGAUUGUGUUACAUUCUUGUGCCUGGGAAUCUGAAAUGCAUUUUAUGAUCUGACUGUAUUAGUUUGCAAUUCGUUCUCCUCUUGUGUGUAAAAGGAGUCAGGUUUUUCUAGCUGUGGCAACAGCAGACGGGACUGUAGGAAUAAUUGCAAAUUACAGGCUAGCAGUCAUGAUCUAAUGAAAGCUAAGAGUAGCCCCAGUAUGUUCUGCAUUGAGGAACUGGGCUGGGGAAAAUUUCAGUACAGACUUCUAUGGAACACACUUUAUUAAAUAUACUAUUAAUAAUUAGCAAUAGCUGUAUACCAUAUUAAUAUCUUAAAUUUGCUUUAUUUAAAACUCUUUAAGCACAAGGGGCAAAGUCCUAUAGAACCUGGCUUCUCUGCAAUUGUCUGGGUAAGCUAUGGUAAGAUGACUUAGCACACAACUGUGUAAAGACACUGAGUCUCAAAGUACCCUCUAAGGUAUCCUAAUGUUUCAUGUACAUUUCUCACAAAAUAAUAAAUGUGAAGACUGCUUUUUCAAAAGCACAGAGUAAACAUUUCUUUUCCACAC